AUGCUCCGCCCAACGACGCCGCGCGGUGGAGAAAGCGCGGCUCGCGACGUUCCCUGGACAGCACCGCAAAAAGAGGUCCAGAGCACAGCUGGUGCACGCACGCUAGAUGCAUCGCCCAAAGCAGCGCGCGCGCCGCGACAGCCGAUGCCCCCGGCCACGGCCCAGCGCCGCGCCUCGUGGAAUAUUGUCGGCAUCCUGGCGCUGUGGUGCAUUCCUUUCGUGUACCCCCGCUCCAUUGAUCUAUACUAUGAUACACUUGAUGCGCUGAUGCGUACGGGGCGUGUCGCGACAGAUACCGACGAGGCCAUCGAUGCCGUGCUUGCGUGGCUGCGAUGUGCACUUACGAUCGUGUUCCUCUUUAAUAUUGCCGAAGCACUGCUUGCACAGCGGCACACGCCAUCGCCCACGGCACAGCACAAUGCCAAUGAGGUCGGCGAGGCGUUUGCACGCAGCGUCUCGAGCGGUUCGCCGUUGACGCGGCCGACAGAAACCCACGCGCCGUGGAUCCCAUCGCCAUUGACGCCUACAACGCCAAGUGCGGUGACGCCCGUGCGUGGCAAAGAAACAGUGCGCCACCAGGAGCGCCGGACAAGCGGCUCGCCGUUUGCGGCAGGAGCGCGGGCUUCCACACCGCUGCAGGCGUACGCACACACCGGCGCAUGGCCACGCGCGUCGCGCUCACCCACGCUCGUCGACGCAUUUGCCGGACGCAGCGUGAGCCGUUCGUCGCCACGCGCUCCCAGUGCGGCAUGGUCGCCCGGGAGUCCCGGGACCGAGUUGGAGGAUGCACGAGAGGUGGAGCUUGCAUUGCAGGACUUGUCAUUUGCAGGGACAUCUACAUAG